AUGUCGUCCGUCGCGUCGCUCGCGCGCGCGGCCGCGAUCGCCGCGCCGGCCACGCGCCGCGCCGCGCCGCCGCGGCCGCGCGCGUCGCCCCGCCGGCUCCCUCGCGCCGCCUCGCGCGUCGCCGCCUCGUCGUCGUCGUCGUCGUCGUCUUCGUCCCCGGACGACGCCCCCGCGCGCAGGCGGCUCGAGCUGACGCCCAAGGGGGACGACACCCCCGAGCAGAUCCUGCGCGUCUCGCGCGGGACCUCGUUCGAGGGCCUGAAGGUGGCGCGGCGAGACGCGCUCGAGGCGGCGAACGCGGAGGGAGGCGGCGGCGCGGCGCGCGUCGCCAAGGUGGAGAUGGCGUUCGACGCGCUCAUCGCGGAGUCGCGGAACUUUUUCCUCGGCGCCGUGGAGAGCGCGCCGACGGACGCGAACGCGCGGUUUCGGCUCGGGAACUUUUACCAGACGCUGGAGAAGUUCGACGACGCGGAGAAGUGCUAUCGCGCGGCGGCGGCGCUGGACAACGCGCACGUGGACGCGAUGAACAACCUCGCGAUGAUUCUCCAAGAGCGCGGCGGCGACGCCGUGGACGAAGCCGAGGCGUACUACCUCCGCUGCGUCGAGGUCGAUCCAAAGUGCGUCGACGCGAUGUUCAACUGGGCGACGUUGAAGCUGCAGUGCCGGCGAGAUCUAGACGGGUGCCGCGUCCUCAUCAACAAGGUCGUGGAGAUCCAGCCGGAGCUGAGAGACCACCGGCUGGUGAAAGCGCUGAGGGGGGAGGAGGAGGCGGUCGAGGCCGCGGGGGGGGGGUUCGCGGACCAGUCGUGA